GGCGAAUGGCCUCGUUCAAGGCCUCGCUUGGUGCGUUGCUUACGGUUGGCAGUGCCUGGCCGCGGCUGUACGGCCUCCCGCUUCGGUCUUCCGCGCUCUGCUCCGCCUGGGCCGCCGCCAUGGAGCCUGCGCCGCGCUGGCUGGCGGGGUUGCGCUUCGACAACCGCGCCCUGCGCGAGCUGCCGGUGGAGACGCCGCCGCCCGGGCCCGACGGUGCCCAUUCCGCGCCGCGGCCGGUGCCCGGCGCCUGCUUCAGCCGGGUGCGUCCCUCCCCGCUGCGGGGGCCGCGCCUCGUGGCACUGUCGGGGCCCGCGCUGGCGCUGCUGGGGCUGGACGCCACCGCGCCCGAGGCCGAGGCGGAGGCCGCGCUCUUCUUCAGCGGCAACGCGCUGCUGCCGGGCGCCGAGCCGGCCGCGCACUGCUACUGCGGACACCAGUUCGGCCAGUUCGCGGGGCAGCUGGGCGAUGGCGCCGCCAUGUACCUGGGCGAGGUGUGCACGGCGACCGGCGAGCGCUGGGAGCUGCAGCUCAAGGGCGCCGGCCCCACGCCCUUCUCCAGACAGGCUGAUGGUCGCAAAGUCCUACGGUCAAGCAUCCGAGAGUUCCUGUGCAGCGAAGCCAUGUUCCACCUGGGAAUCCCCACCACGCGGGCCGGGGCCUGUGUCACGUCUGAGUCCACAGUGGUGCGCGACGUGUUCUAUGAUGGUAAUCCAAAAUAUGAAAAAUGCACGGUUGUGUUGCGUAUAGCUCCCACUUUUAUAAGGUUUGGAUCCUUUGAGAUUUUUAAGCCCACUGACGAGCACACAGGACGUGCAGGCCCCAGUGUGGGGCGAAAUGACAUCCGAGUCCAGAUGCUCGACUAUGUGAUCAGCUCUUUCUACCCUGAAAUCCAGGCCACCCACGCGAGCAACAGCGACCGUGUGCAGAGGAGUGCUGCCUUCUUCCGGGAAGUGACACGGCGAACAGCCCAGAUGGUGGCCGAGUGGCAGUGUGUCGGCUUUUGCCAUGGUGUGCUCAACACUGACAACAUGAGCAUUGUGGGGCUGACCAUUGACUACGGGCCCUUCGGCUUCCUGGACAGGUAUGACCCUGACCAUGUGUGCAAUGCCUCUGACAAUGCCGGGCGCUACACAUACAGCAAGCAGCCUGAGGUGUGCAAGUGGAACCUGCAGAAGCUGGCAGAGGCUCUGGAGCCCGAGCUGCCCCAUGCAGUGGGUGAGGCCAUCCUGGCUGAGGAGUUUGAUGCUGAGUUCGAAAGGCACUACCUGCAGAAGAUGCGCAAGAAGCUGGGCCUCAUGCAGGUGGAGCAGGAAGAUAGGGCGCUGGUGGCCAGGCUCCUGGAGACCAUGCAGCUGACUGGUGCUGACUUCACAAACACCUUCUAUAUGCUGAGCUCCUUCCCAGUGGAGCAACAGGCACCAGGCCUGGCAGAGUUCCUGACCUCGCUGACCUCACAGUGUGCCUCCCUGGAGGAGCUGAGGCUUGCCCUCCGACCCCAGAUGGAUCCCCGACAGCUUUCCAUGAUGUUGAUGCUGGCCCAGACGAACCCACAGCUCUUUGCACUCAUCGGUACCCAGGCGAACGUCACAAAGGAGUUGGAGCGCAUGGAACAGCAAUCACGGCUAGAGCAGCUGAACCCUGCCGAGCUCCGGAGGAGGAACAGUGACCACUGGGCUGCCUGGCUACAAGAAUACAGAGCUCGGCUGGACAAGGACAGGGAGAGUGUUGGUGACACCACUGCCUGGCAGGCUGAGCAUGUGCGCAUCAUGCGCGCCCACAACCCCAAGUAUGUCCUGAGGAACUACAUCGCGCAGAAUGCCAUUGAGGCUGCUGAGAAGGGAGACUUCUCAGAGGUGCAGCGUGUGCUGAAGCUGCUGGAAUCUCCUUACCACAGCGAGGGGGAGGCUGCUGAGGGCCCCGAGCCCACAGGCCCUGAAGGGGAGGCUGGUGAGCAGCGCUCCUAUAGCAGCAGGCCCCCCAUGUGGGCGGUGGGUCUCUGUGUGACGUGAUCCUCAUAGUGGCCUCGGUGACCCCCCAUGUACUUGGAGUCUUCCGAGGCCCCCAAGUGCUGCUGAGGUGCCGAGACAAGCCGGGCUGCCCUCCAGGCUGUCUCUCUAUGGUGGCAGAGAUGUCCAGUCAGGACCUGACCCCUCUCUGUCUGACGCCAACUUGGUAGCACUGCCCUAGCCCAGCACUCAACUUGCCCCAGCACCAGCUGCUUUAUGUGAGAACAAUGCAGAGUGCCAGGCCCUUAGUGGCUCUGGAAGCCCUCAUGUCCAUUUUGCCUCAGGGACUGGGCCCAGCCCUUGCUGAGUUGUGUUUCCUAAGCCUCUAAAUAAAGCUGCAGCUUUCUCACACCUGUCUUUUUGGUCUCUUGGCUCUGACCCCAGCCC